AAGAACGUAUGUUAGCGAUUACGUAAACACGUCACGAUCGACGAAUGUCCAUUCAUCGGUUCUCAUAUAUUGAACGAAGACAAGAAUUAGCAGCUGUCGGCAGAUGUUGGCAUCGCGCCGAGCUUCACAAAACUUGGAAACCCGAUCAGGCUACAACGUUUACGAUUCGAGAGCCGUACAGUAAUUGUCGCUUAAAAAUCAAUUGUGGAUACCUGCGAAUUUCUGCUGUCUGCCUAACUACGAAAGACUACCCUGAAUUUUUAGAAACUCUAAGAAACCAUUUCGUAAGAACCAUACAUGAAGGAUUUGUUAAAGGUGCAGCACGGGGACAGAAAAAAGUAAAGAACGAGAACCUUGAACCAAUCGUAAAUGGCACAGAGUGAAAGCGAUCGGUCACCACGUUUUUCCCAGAAGAGCGCGAGCCACAAAAUUAUCGGCUUGUAAAUCGAACCGAAGGAUCUCGUUCCUUUUGCGGCAAAUAAGCGGUCGUCCGGUAAUCCAGUAGCGAAUCGAGCUCACGAAACGUCGAAAGUGAGGAACGCAAUCCCCAAUUAUC